GCGUUGCAUUUGCUGUGCACAAAUUGAGAACGCAGCGUAGCAUUUCUGAGUGCCUGUGGUAAAAAAAGGGGAAGGACAAUGGAAAAUGCAUUUGCACCGAUCAGUGAGGCUUGCGUUAAGGCUCUCAGCGAUAAAACGUACGACAAGCGAAAAAUGGCGGCAUUGGAAAUAGAGAAGAUGGUGACCGAAUUUAAUGCCAAAAAGAACAUGACGCAGGUAGAACGCAUCAUCGACGUGCUGAGCAAAGAUUUCGUGCGAUCGAACGAUUUGAACAAAAAGAAGGGUGGCCUGAUCGCUCUCGCCGCCACCAGCAUCGCGCUGGGGAAGGACACCGAACGGUUCAUUGAAGACAUCGUCAACCCGAUCCUGAAUUGCCUUAUGGACAGCGACAUGCGGGUGCGCUAUUUCGCUAGCGAAUCUCUCUACAACGUAGUGAAGGUAUCACGCGGCUCGGUCUUACCGUUUUUCCCUAGUCUCUUCAAUGCACUCAGCCGGCUGGUGACGGAUCCUGAUCACAAUAUCAAGAACGGCAGCGAAAUACUCGAUCGCCUGCUGAAGGACAUAGUGAUUGAAUCGUCGCAAACUUUCGACCUUGAUGCUUUCAUCCCGCUCGUACGGGAGCGCAUAAUGGUGAAGAGCUCGUUUGCCCGCCAGUUUAUCAUCUCGUGGAUCUCCGUGCUGAAUGCCGUGCCCGAGAUCAAUAUGGUCGUGUACCUACCCGAGAUCCUGCACGGGCUGUUCCAGAUGUUGGAAGAUCCGUUACCAGAAAUUCAGCGCAUGUGCGAGUCGUUACUCGCGCAGUUUCUCAAGAUAAUAAAGGCCGACCCGGGGGCGGCCGAUAUGCUGAAGAUGACGAACCUGCUGAUCGUGCUGGCGCAAUCCAAUAAUUUGCUGAUCCAGUUCUAUGCCAUUACGUGGAUCAAAGAGUUUGUCCAGCUGUACGGAGGCGAGAUACUGUGCUUUACGAGUGGCAUCUUCACUGCCAUCUUACCAUGCUUGGCGUUCGAAAGCGAGUCCAAGAAAAGCAUCAAAGACUGCGCGAAUGCCGUGAACCUGCACUUACUGGAGCUGGUGUCGGGUAGUGAGGACAAACAACGUAACCUUAGUUACCUCGAUCUGAACUCGGUCAUGGAGGUGCUGCGCCAAUAUUUAGUGCACAGUCCCGUGCCAACAAAGAUCGCCGUACUGAAGUGGGUGCACCAUCUGUUUACCGAAGUGCACGACGAGAUGUCCGAGCAUGCGAACAAGCUGUUCCCGGUGCUGCUGCGCGAUUCCCUGUCCGACAGUUCCGAUGAGGUCGUGCUGCAAGCGAUUGUCGUGUUGGCAGAGAUCGUCAACUCCGCUACCGUGCAGGGGGCGGACUUUGACCAGACCCAGUACCGACAGUUUCUGGUCGAGCUGCUGAAUCUCUUCAGUGAGAGCAACACGUUUUUGGAGAAACGCGGCACAUUGAUCAUUCGUCAGCUGUGCCGGUUGCUGAACGCCGAGUAUAUUUAUCGAACGUUUGCGGAAAUUUUGCUUGAAGAACGCAUCAGUCUAAAGAUUGCCUCGACCAUGGUGCGGACGCUCAACAUGAUCCUGCUUACCACUUCCGAUCUGUUUGAUUUGCGCAACAUGCUGCGCGACAUUCGGAACGAGAAAUCUGCCUCACUGUUCGAGUGCCUAUACAAGUGUUGGACCCAUUGCCCCGUCUCAACGCUAUCACUUUGCCUACUAGCCCAAUGUUACCAGCAUGUCUCGGAGAUCGUUUGUUUGUUUGCGGACAUGGAAAUAACAGUUGAUUUUCUCGUCGAAAUUGAUAAAAUGGUGCAGCUUAUAGAAUCUCCAAUAUUUGCAUCGCUUCGGCUGACACUGAUAUCGCACGAGAACGAUAAUGCUGACGCCGUACACUUAUCGCGCGCGCUGUACGGAGUUCUGAUGCUGCUUCCGCAGACUGAGGCAUUCCAUUUGCUGAACAAUCGUUUGCAGUGUGUUCCGAAUUACUGGGGACAGCCCAAUAAGAUAAAUUCUAAAUCGACUAUCCAGAGCCAAGGCAAGGUCAAAUUUGACGAGCUUUUUACUUAUUUCAAGUAUAUGCAGGAUUUACACCAUCAGAAACGGAUUGAAAAGCGUAAGAAAAAUCAAUUCUAAGGUACGUGUAACUGUGUACACCCAAGGGAAGACGGGCAAAUGCAUCGCUUUUGCCGUAAAAUGUUGCAUCUUGCGAAUGGGAAACCGAGCCAACAGAAUUUCGAAAUGAUUGCUCACUUUUCGCGUACGUACAUUCCAAAGUUAGUUUAAAGUGAUUAACACCUAAACCUUAACCUAAACAAACGUAAAGUAAAAUAAUAAUCAUGAACAAAUAGAUAAUGUUGUUUUUC